AUGGCUGAUGCGUCAAUUCUCACUAACAUUGGGGACCGAGUUAGGGUGAAGGAGAAGGCUCGUGAGUUCGGUCUUGGUAUAUUGCAGGAAAUACCCAAGAUUCUCCGACACAUCUCCAACAGCAGUCACAAGCAAGAUGUGAGAGACUGGGAAAUCAACCUUCUAAAUUUGAAGCGUACAUCUCUGUCUCGGGAAAUUCUUGUCGGCGUCCAAGGCGAAACAGGUCUAGGGAAAAGCUCCCUACUCAAUGAGCUUCUCCGAAGCGAAAUUGUUCCAACGUCACAGGUGGAGGCGUGCACAGCAGCCGGCCAAGAUCACGUUAAGAGCUGGGCGACUGUCGAAGCUGAGCUCACUGGCCUCAAGGAAGAGAUUGCUGAAUCAGACAAUCAACAUGAAGCUCAAGAUGACGACGAUGCAGACCACAGCGAAAGUUGUAGCUACUACAGUAAACGGAACAUCGACAUGGUUUGCGCUUGGUCUGGUCUGAAGGAGGAAGACAUCCGAAAUCUAUCGCCGAUUGAGAUCAUGCAAAGGGGCAAUUUCAAUAAUAUUCGCAAUCGAGGACUCCGGCUACCUACCGACGAGAAAACUUGCAGCAGAAUCUAUUCAGCCCCCAAUGCGAACAAGUUCAAGAAAAUUCUCAGGCCUUUCGCGGAGAGCAUGGACCUGAACUCACACCGAACUCAGUACUGGCCGUUAGUCGAGCAGAUCGAGGUAUACCUGAAGGCUCCGAUUCUCCGUCAUGGAAUCAAACUCGUUGAUCUUCCCGGCACGCAAGAUGCUCUGUCAUUCCGGGCAGAGAUUGCUGAGACGUUCCAAGAUCGACUGGCGAAACAGAUUGUCGUUUCUCCGGCGUCCCGAGCAGGAGACAACAAGGCAGCCGCAGACCUCAUCUUCACGGAGAACGAUUUAAUGAAGUUCCAUUUAGACAACAAGUUCAAAGAUGAUUCUCUCUGCGUCGCGAUCACAAAGAUCGACGACAUCCAGACUGCGAAUGCCGCGGAGGAGUUCCCGACCAGAGAGAUCAUAGAGCUACAACAUCGUCUGAGAGGUGCACCGUCAGAAGAGUCUGAAGAUGACGAGUUCAACUCUGAGGCCGAAGACUAUACACGAGUGUCUGUGAAGAAGAAGGGCGGCAGCAACAAACGCAGACAUGCCUCUGGUGCUUCGAGAGAUGGCAAGAGACAGAAAGUUGACUCCUAUGAAGACGACGAGUCCAUGACGACGCAGCUAGUUGAGGCCCAAUUAGAAGAGGACCAGGCGAUGGAAGAGGGCGAGUCUCGAUUGAAGUAUCUCUGCAUUCAAGAACGGAACCGCAAAAUGGUACGGAACGUCGUCGAAAGCCUGCUGAAAGCAGCAAAAAGCCACGCGUCAUCGCAAGCAAUUGCAUCGUCCUUACCCGCGGUCGUUCCUCUAAGCAGUCACGCUUACAACGAGAUGAAGAAAGGCAAGAAUGCGACAGGUUUCCCGACCCUCGAGUCGACUGGCAUCCCGGCCUUGGGCAAUUGGCUUACCGAUACGUCUCUUCCCAUCAGGGAAGCAUGGGUUGACAGCGACCUGCACCAUAUUCAGGUGCUCUUCGACGCAGUUCAUGGAUGGACCCAGGAUGAGUUCAAUACUUUGCCCUUUCUCACCAAAGAUGAGAAGAAGAAAGUUCGACAAGCAGUCCGCGAGGUCAAUGAUGACUUAAAGGAAAUCAUAAAGAAGGUGAGGAUCAAGAUCCAGCGCCAGUUAAUCACCAUGAAACCAUUGCGGAAGAAGAAUCUGGUAAAAACCUACGUCAAGAUCCACGAGAACGGGGAAAAUCAAUUGGAAAGAUCAUUCAACAAUCUCAAGCUUGCCGUCAAGGCGUGGGAAAGAAAAAACCCAAGAGGCCAUGCGUCUUCUGCAGGUAAACAUGAGAAGGUGCAUUGGGGUACCUACAAGGCUUCUAUUAGGAGACACGGCGGUCUUUAUAGAACUGUUCCCAAAAAGGGCGCAGCCCGACGCACUUUCAACUGGAUGGCCGACGUGCACACAUCAUUCUGGCGAGGCCACCACGAGAAGUGGCAAACUGCAUUCUCGCGGAACUUCCCCACACUCAAAGACAAGGUCAGGGGAACUGUCCACCUCGCGUUCGAUCAAUGGAUCAGAAUCUUACUAGGCAAUGAGGAGCUUCCGACCUUAUUCCGGGACAUGGUCAGGAAGAACUCUUACAAAAUGGAGAACGUCUUCCUGUUCUUCAUAGACAAGAUUGUGGCUAGCAUGGACAACCUUCGCGGGAAGGCUUUGCGGAUGUCAAAGGUUGACGUUCUCAAUACUCUGACCAAGGAGAUGAAGCCGGGUUUCGAGGCCGCGCUCAGCAAGAAGGGCCCAAGUAUCAUGAAGAAGCAGUCCGCGGAGAUAUCUGAGCACGUGGAGAACAUUGGUUUCGGCAUGUUCGAAAUGGUCCGCGAUGACCUCGAGGUAAAACUCCGAGACGAGGUUCAUCAGUUAAUGCUUGCAACCCGGCGUUACUGGCAAGAUCCCAAGGAGGGUUGUGGAGUGAUGAUGCACAAGGAAUUUAAGCGCAUUUCUACCCGUCUUUGCGCCAACGGAGCCAAGAAGAAUGAUGAAGGGACGGGCAUCGACGAAGCGACGGAGAAGACACUCGUCGAUAUCAUUGACGUGUGGCGAAAGGAGUGGCAGCAAGUUGAAGCGCAGCUUCCUCAGGCUGCGCCCUUGGUCGCAUUCGAUGACAACGACGAUGACGAUGAUGCGGGCAAUGAGUUUGCCAAGGAGGACGAGAUUGCUCUUAAGAUGGAGCCUGGUGUUGGCGAGGAUUAA